AUGUCAGUGCCCAAGCCUUCUAUUGCAAUCAAGAACCACUGCUCCGUUAUUCACGACGGAGUCAUCUAUGUCUAUUCACCAGACGCGUUUCAGACAUUGGCGUUGACAGAAGGAGCGCAGUGGAAAGAGGAGGCAAAUGGCGUGUCGGUAACAGGAGCGGUCUGCGUAAAAGGUGGUGUGGAUGGCGAUAACUCGAAGUCGGCCUUGUAUGUUGUGGGUGGUGCGACAAAUGCGUCGACAACCGACUACACUGGCUUACAGCGGUAUUCAUUUGAGGACAAGUCGUGGCAAACCGUUGUCCCUAUGGUCAAUGUCACCCAGAACCGCCUCAAUCAUGGAGCAGCUUAUUUGAAUGCUUCAUCGACUUUGGUCGUCUACGGGGGAUCUCAGAAUGACGACGUUGGGCCAUCCUCAGAGACCUUUACAAUUGAACUGUUUCCUCCCUACUCAGUCCUGGCAUACAGCUCCUCUGCUCCGCCAACAGUCAGCCCUUUUAUGUUACCCUGGAGCCAGGACCAUACCCUGAUGGUGGGUGGCAGUUCGACCAAUGACAAACUGUUCACAUUCGGGUCUUCAGAUGGCUGGCAGGACCUUGGCCUUACACUGCCGGCUCCACUACCAGAUCACUCCAUAGCACAGAGCGCCCUAUUUGGCCUGGCCGACGAUAGUAUGGUUCUACAGACCUUUGAUCUUGGUCAGAUGCCACCGACAGUGACGACGAAUGUUCUGCUGAAUUCAGGAGGUGCUCCCGCCGCAUUUGGUGAGACCGUGGGAGGCAGCAAUACUACACAGACUCCCUCGCCCUCGGCCACAACUCCCUCAAAGGCGAAGAGGCAGGUAUCUCUUGACACCUUCCCAGCCUAUAACGACACUCUGGCCCCCACAGCGUCUAGGACAGGAUUUGAUCUAGCACAGGGCGAUAAUGGACUGGUGGCUCUAGUUGGAGGUAAUGAUGAUAACCCAGUGCUAUUCUUCAACCAGUCCGAGAAUGGAUGGCUACCGGCAUCCCAGUUCUUCGGAAAACAACAGCAGCCCCUGGCGACAUCGUCGAGUAGGACACCAACAUCGUCGCCCACUUCUUCAAGCAUUCCAACUUUCGCAUCCGCUCCCACGGGAUCGAGCACUCCAGCCCCAGCGGCUUCUUCUGGCAACAAGAGCCAAGGCCUGACCGUCCUUGGAGCCGUCCUAGGUGCUAUCUGUGGUGUCUUAGCGAUCCUUGUCAUCCUCCUUCUUUGGCUGAGAUCGAUUCGAAGAAGGCGCAGGGCAGAGUCUGAAAAGCGAAACGAGUACCGGGACGACAAGAAACGAAGUGGGGAGUACAACUACGAAGAGAGAGGACUUCGUCCGCUCGCGGGGCUUGGACAACCGAUGGGAAGAAGCCCGAUUGCUUCAGCAGUGAUCCCGGAUGCGGAUAGUACGUCCGUGUAUGGAGACUUGAAACCUGAACCAGGCAUGCUCAUUCGACGCGUAUCUUCAGAUCACAAUGCGACUGGGUACCGGGGGUCAGGUAUAGGAUUUGGGCAGGCACUGUUCAAGCGCGAGAAAGAGAGGGAAAAGGAGAAGGAGAAGGACAACAAGAUUGGCCUGACCAUCUCAAAGCCAAUGAUGCCAAUCUUGAACGAUUACCAAGCCAGACCGAGCAUUGAACUAGGAAAGGCGACACCGCCUGGCGCACCGGUGGUAGCAGCUGCGGCUGCGGCUGCGGCGACGGAUCCGGACUCGGAGAGAAAGCACGUGUCUCAACGCAAGACUGACGAGGGAUGGGGCAAGUACUUUGCGGGUGAAACACUUUCGGGAAACCGAACGACAUUCAUGUCCAGGAGCUCAGGCGCAAGGAGUGGGUUCUGGCCAGGAUCCGGCGUGCUGGAAAACUCGAGCAGGUCCCCCAAGUUUAUACUCCGGGACAGUGUGGGCAAUCCUCUGGAGGCGCAUAACGUUGCUGCGGGCAGUCCCAACCUUGAACACGGGCCGUCAAACCCUCAGUCGAGGGGGUUACAGUCCGUUCAAGGUAUAUCCGGGCAAAUCUCCCAUGCCGGCUCGGUGCGAACGGCGAAUUCCACUGACGACGAUGAGGACGACGACUAUGAAGACGAGCAGGUCUUCGAGGGAGCAUUUUCCAGUGGAAUUCCUGCCAGCGUGCAUGAUAUACCCUGGACACCGGUAGGGAAUACGUGGUCGGGCCCGCCGCAGCGACCACUGCGGCCUCCGAGCAGUUAUAUUGCGGCUCAGCAGGCUCAGCAGGCACAGGCACAGGCACAACGCUCGCCUCCGACAAUAAGUUCGAACGAAACCAGUGAUACCAGCGGAACUUUGGGCUCGUCAAUCCCCUCAUUCCCAAUGCCAAAUUCGGUCCGAUCUGCCCAGCCUGGUGGAAGCGAGGGCGCUGUCAACGGCAAUGACAAUAGCACAACCAUCCAUCAACAGGUGACUACAAGGCCACCCGGUCGUGAACAGCCAGCUCCAGCUCGCGGAGAAAGCCACGACUAUUUCAGCUAUGCCCCAGCCCAUAAACAUAAACGAAGCAACAGUAGGCAACAGCCAGAUAACCACCUCAACGUCAACACGGAUAUGUCGUGGCUCAACCUCGGCACGCCGACCCGGUGA